AUGGCACCAGAACUACUCACAAUCCACACAACACAUCCAACAUCAAUUACCUUCUCAGCUGGCGGCGCUUUCAUUGCGUCUGGAUCAGACGAUAAUGCCAUCCGAAUAUACGAUGCACGCACUGGUCAGAUGGUGCUUGGUCCGCUAGAGGGUCACACCAACAACGUCACCUUGGUCAUAUUCUUGCCCGACGGCGCUCGACUAUACUCAUGUUCACGGGAUGGGACUGUGCGCAUAUGGAACGUCCAGGAUCUUGGCGCACCUCAUACUAUAUUAAGGGCGCCGGCUCUCUCCUCAGCUGUCAACUGCAUCCGGUACUCGCAUAACGGGCUACGACUUGUCUCUGGCUCGAAAGAUGGAACGGUGCAUGUAUGGGAUGUGAAGACGGGUGAGCUGGUCAUGGAACCACUGCUUGGUCAUCAAGACGGCGUAUUGUCUGUCGACUACUCACUCGGAGAUGUUUAUAUUGCCUCUGCUUUGGACGAUGGAACACUGAGGAUAUGGGAUGCAUUGUCCGGUAGCGAUAUACAUGGACCAAUUGAGGGGCAUAGCAAUGCGGUGCUGUGUGUGCGAUUUUCGCCUGACGACUCAUCCAUUGCUUCGGGGUCCAGAGACGGCACGGUGAAAAUAUGGAAUGUUACCAGCGGUCAACAGAUAGUCGAGCUGUUCGGGGCAGACGAAUUCUAUGUGAUCUCGGUGGACUUCUCUCCGGACGGGCAGCAAGUCGCCUGUAGCUCUGGCUAUGACUCAGAUCUAGAAGACUCAGAUCUAGAAGACUCAGAGGACCCAGUGCGCGGAGCCAUACGAGUGGUGGAUCGAUCCACAGGACACACAGUGGUUGGUCCGAUCCAUGCGCAUAGCGCCAUCAACUCGAUUGAGUUCUCCCCAAAUGGCAUGCGCCUUGUCUCAGGGUCCGGUGACAAAUCAGUGCGAAUAUGGGAUGUGCAGACAGGGAAGCAGCUUGCUGCUUGUGGCAAGGACAAUGGUGACACAAACAGCAACGAUGAAGAUAGUAACAAUAACCACGCUCAUAGUGAAAAAAUUAACUCUGUGACAUUCUCACCGAGCGGUGGUUAUAUCGCAUCUGGCUCGGAUGACAAAACCAUUUGCAUCUGGAAUGCGGAGAACGGCAACCUUAUAUUCGGUCCUCUCAAGGCACACACGAGUCUGGUAUACUGUGUCCAGUUCUCGCCCGACAGCUCACACAUUGCAUCAUGCUCCGAUGAUCAAACUAUCCGGUUCUGGAGCUUGGCGAGCUUGGCGAUCAGUGUGCAGAAUAGGGUGUUGAUGCCAUCAGGCGCGUCUACAAUGAUCAACAUCUCGCUGGGAACCUCGACACCCAGACCAGAAACAACUCGUGGUCACUUGAUGAAGAAGGAUGGGUGGUGCUACACGGUCAUCGAGUGGUCUGGGUUCCAUCUGACCUGCGUUCCUGCAUCAUAUAUCCUCCACAAUGCUUUAUGA